GAAGACCAAACUUUGGAUUUAAGUACCAGUACUUACCACUUCAACUUCAAACUUAAGUGUAUAUAAUCAAAUAGGAACAGGCGUACGGCUACUGCUCUGCUCCUCAAAGGUGAUAACAAACCUGAGAUAAGUCCAGUAAUAUCCGAUAUGGCCAGGUCUAUAGAGCCACUUGUGGUAGGCAAAGUGAUAGGAGAUGUGGUCGACAUGUUUAACCCAACUACUGAGUUCACUAUCCAUUAUGGUUCAAAACAGAUCAGUAAUGGGUAUGAGAUCAAACCCUCUGCCGCCGUUGACAAGCCCAAGGCCCAGAUUCUCGGUCCACGGAACCAAGCCAAUCUCUACACCUUAGUGAUGGUGGAUCCUGAUGCUCCAAGUCCUAGUGAACCAGCAUUGAGAGAAUGGCUCCAUUGGAUUGUUAUAGAUAUUCCAGAAGGAUUCGAUGCCACCAAAGGAAAAGAUUUGGUUGAAUACAUGGGACCCCAACCACCAACUGGUAUUCACCGCUACGUGUUGGCGCUAUUUAGGCAGAGUGAAGGGAGCAUGGCAGGAGUCCCAGCACCAGAGAUUCGUAGCAACUUCAGUACUCGCCAAUUUGCUGCCCACUAUGGCCUUGGGCCACCAGUUGCCGCACUAUAUUUCCAUUCACAGAAGGAACCUGCUACUAAAAGACGUUGAGAAUCGAGAUCAUCACGCUACCUCUUAUGUUUCAACUUAUCAUUCCCUCAUAUAUAACUUAUUAUAGGUUUACGAGUUUGAUCACCAGAUCAUACUUUGUUACUUGAUUGGAGUGGUUUUUUAAGUUGAUUUUCUUAGCUAGUAGUAAAAUGUUUUGUUAUUAAUUUUAGUGGAUCGAUCGAGUUUGCUUAAUUGGGAUCUUGAAUCUUCUUGAGAUGACAAAAGUUGACAAAGGGCACCAUUUUAAUCACUCGAUAAACUUUGCUUUUGCUUUCUUUAGGAUGACGUAGCACUAUAUUUGCCAGCUUCAGAAUGGUCAAAUGCGUUAAUUAAAUUAUUUCAAGUAUAGUGUAUUAAUAGACUAGUUACAAAGGGUUAUAAUUCCUUUUACACGAUGUGAAAUGAAAAAGAGUUCUCUUUUGGUGACAAAUCUGUUAAGACAAAUAGCAAAAGUUAAUAAGGAUGGUGGGGUGACAUAAGGCCUUAAAUAAAUCAUGAGAACAUUUUUCUUUAAACAAA